CUGACAACCGAGGGCUCGCUUUGCAUCACCGAGAGGAGUGGCCCCGAGACCCCUUUUCACACGAGUCCGAACAAGCCCAGUUCCGUAGACAGCCUUGGCUCGAGUCCCGCAAAGGACGACAUCGACGAGGACCUGGAGCAGGCCUUCAACAUGCAGCAAGCCGUGGUCAACUCGAUCGCCAACUUGGAGGAACAGCGCGCCAGCAAAUCAACCGAGAGCAUGAUCCAGUCGGCGCUAGACCGAGGAGCAUCCGGUGGGUCACAAUUUUGUGCAGGGUUCAAGAAAAAUCCAUCCCAACUGUAUCCUUCCGAGACCCCCGGCAUGGUUGGACGAGUUGCUGAUCUUGCCCUGCUCGAACAUUUGUUGUUGUCUGCCGGUCUGGACAGAAUGCUGGUCUUCUAUACGGAGCAUCAUUUCUGCUCGAUACCUUUGCAGAAUCUCCUUUUAGCCACGGCACGAAGAGCAAUUUCCCAGCGUCUUUCUCACAUAGACCGGACCUACGAGGAGAGACUUGGUGAAAUGCUGUUAAAUAGGUUGGAUUUUCAAGGUGUUCCAUCUACACCAAUCUCACGAAAAAAUGUCUUCGAAUGGUCUUGGUUUGCCUGGAACACCACACCUGAGCCACGGGCACCCAAGACUGUGGUUCAGAGUGGCAAAGUUUACAGUUUUGGAUCUCUUCGUCAU